CAAGUUUAAGCAGUAGGCCCAAUAAAGCUUAUCUCUAGCCCAAUAUCAAUUUCCCAAAGAGCAAAUCGCCGGUUUCAUAGACCUCCGCGACUCGGGUGUAUCAAUCCCCAAUCCUGAAUACCCAAAUGCUUAACUGAGUCAACUCGACCGCCUCACAUCCCAACGAAAGACGCUAGUUUUGGAAUGGCACCAUCACGUAACGUCAUUGUAGCCACGGGUCUGGUUGUUUUCGCAUCUGCAGGCUUAGCUUUCCCCUUUUACAUGGCAUCGUCAAAGAAACCAGUGAUUGAUCCAACAAAACCGCUACCUCCUCAAGCAACUUUUAGAGGACCUUACAUCAACACUGGUUCUCGCGAUGUUGGUCCUGACCAUCGAACCUACCCAAAGAAAUAAUCCUCAUCGAGUCAAGACACACAAACUGUAAUCAUGAGUUUUCAUUGGGUCCCUUAAACACAAGAAGUCCAGUCUAGCCAUUGAGAUGGUUUUGAUUAAUAGCUCGAGGAUUUGAAUAUAGUAUAAUGUCACCAUAAACCAUUUUCAUCAUUGCGAUUUUGAGUUUGCUUGAAUACGUUAUUUUGUAUUAUGUUAUUGAAGUUCGAACAAGCCACCUUUUAUCUA